GGGGUUCAGCUGUUGGCAGGCAGUUAUUAAUGGGGUCGGUGAGCGUUUGGUUUGAGACUUAUUACUGGGGUCGAGCUUUUCCCUUCGGCACGUUAACCUAAAAGCUCUCAAGUUGGGGGAACCCCUUCGGGGUCGUACAGGGGAAAAAGAAACGCGUUCAGCCCGAUGCUGUCGGGGUGCGGUGAGGGGCGCUGGGAGCGGUGCCGGGCGGUGCUGCCGGCGGCGCUGGGCUGUGCCGUGCCGUGCCGGGGGGCGGUCCGUGCAGGGGGCGGUGCUGCCCCUCCCGGUGCGGCGGGGCCGGCGGCAGCGCUUAGCGGGGUCGAUCACACCGGAGGAGGAGGAGGAGGAGGAGGUGGAGGGGCCAUGAAGGUGAAGAAGAGCGGCGGGGCCGGGGGAGCGGCAGCGAGGACCGAGGAGGAGCUGGGUCGGAAAGCGCUCAUCGGGCCCGACGACGUGCUGGGGCUGCAGCGGGUCACCAGCGAUUACCUAUGCACUCCAGAGGAAAACGUUUACAAAAUAGACUUCACCAGGUUUAAAAUCCGGGACAUGGAAUCGGGCACAGUGUUGUUUGAAAUCACCAAACCAGCAGCAUCAGAACGUGAACACAAUGACAAGAAGGACAUUGACCCCAACGCGGGGCGCUUUGUGCGCUACCAGUUCACCCCAGCUUUCCUUCGCCUGCGCCAGGUUGGGGCCACGGUGGAAUUCACAGUGGGGGACAAACCCAUCAAUAACUUCCGCAUGAUUGAGAGGCAUUACUUCCGCGAUCAGCUGCUGAAGAGUUUUGAUUUUGAGUUUGGGUUCUGCAUCCCCAGCAGUAAGAACACAUGUGAGCACAUCUAUGAAUUCCCACAGCUCUCGGAGGAUCUCAUUCGAGAGAUGAUCCUCCAUCCAUACGAGACACAGUCGGACAGUUUCUACUUCGUAGAUAACAAGCUGGUGAUGCACAACAAGGCAGAUUAUUCAUACAGUGGAGGACCUUGAGAGCGGGAUGGACAGCCAACCUGGGCUGGCCUUUGCUUUCCAAUUGAAGUCAUCAGGGACACCAACACCUUCAGUCCAGUUGCCUACAGCGUCAGCUGGACACGGAUCCACAAACCAAGGACUCUGCCACAGUAGGAGUUUCAUGACCAAACUGGCCAGCCUCAUCUCUUUGAGCAGACCCAGAUCUUCAGAGCUCUGAGCGGUUCUACGAUGCUAUGUGAACUUUGGAGACCACUUCCCUACGUUCUUCAGGUGUCUGCUUUGAACAUGGCCUUGUGGGACCUGUGGGAUUUUGCCCUAAUUCUGCAGAUUUGUCUACUUGCCCUCACGUAUCCUUUGGGACGCGAUGGUUUCAGAAAAUGCAAUUUGAGAAACGUGUGAGUGGACGGAUGCAAACGCAGAGUUUUGUUUGGUUGGCUCUUGUUGUGAAUGCUUCAAAAGCACAGCCAGUUUUAACCUGUACAUCCAGCUAAAAACCUUACAGAAACCCUACAGUUUCAUCUUUUGGAUUAUUGCUCUAAAUAAGCAUCUCAUCCCUUUGUUUUGCUCCUUCUGUAUAAUGUUUUUUAAAUCUUGGAAGCAAUGAAACAUGCAGUGAAGACCACUAGUUUCAUCAGGUACUGUCCUGAAUUUCAGAUGGAAGAACAUAGUGUUGGGUGUCUACAAGCCCUCUAAACAUCCUCCAUUAAUUUCAGUUUCUGCAAACUGAACCCAGACUAGUCUGGCUGAAAAACAAAAAAAAAAGGAUUUUAGCUUUAUUUAACACUUUUACAGAGCUCCCAUUCAGCUUGUGCUAUAUGUCAUACAUGUCUAUUUCUUUAAUCUAUGCUCAACACUAAGACAAGGGCUUCAGCAAUGCUCGUUAGAGCAACACUAAUUUGUCCAAGGCAGUCAGAAAGUGUGGAAUGUCCAAUCUCUCAUUUGUAUCUGAAUUUGAAGUGUGUUAUGUCAGCGUUUUCCCUUUGUUUUGCACUGGGUAUGAAUACAGGUGAAGCAGCAACUCUAAUAAUGCCAGGCUUUAAGCCCUUCUCUGUAAGAAGUUUAAGAACAACCUUGCACAAGUUUCUCAGGAUGCACUUCUUAGGAAGAUAAUACUGCAAUGAAGUAGCAAUGUCAAUAGAAUAGUGCAUGCAAAACCAAACCUGAGAAGGUUGUGCAGGGUCAAAGCUUCCCUCCUUCAUUUUUCCCAAUUGCCUGUUGUCAUGAAACCCUUACUCUAGAGAUCAGUGAUACUUAAAAAGAGGAAAAAAAGGCAGUUGCAGUCUGUAGAUAUUCCUAUAAAUACUUGAUGUCUCCAUGUCUGUUCCUGUGAGUUGAAGUGGAAUGUUCAAUGUUAGCCUCAGAUACGUGUGAUUGUACUAAUUUUUAUAAAAUACCAUUUCCAGUCGUGAUGAACCUCUUUUUGGUCACAGCUUACGUCAAACAGGAGAACUACGAAUGGUUGCAGAUGUAGUGUAAGAGCAGGGAGGCUGUGUGCUGUUACUGGGUCGAAAUCACUGUCAGGUGUGCGAACGUUUCAUAGCAUCACAGAACCAUUCAGGCUGGAAAAGAGCUCUCAGAUCCCCAAGUCCAACCCCAACCCACCCCAUCGUGCCCACAUCCUUCAGUGCCACAUCCCCAUGGUUCUCCAACACCUCCAGGAUGGGGACUCCAUCACCUGAAGGAUUCCAUUUUCUAAAGAAAAUACAAUGAGUUUGGGUUACAGCUUUUUUUUUCAGGUUGAUUGUUAAGAAAGUAUGUAGAAACCACUGUUCUGACACAGCUGCUAUCAAUGAGCAAUUCUUAUCACGAUGAGACUUGUAUUUAUUGCUGUUUUUUGUUGGUAGUGUGUAAAACUCAACAUCUUGCCUACGGCUGUUUGAGGGUUGCAAAGAGUUUCCUCCUUAUUUGUAUUACGCUUUGAGCUACAGAUCAGCAAGUUUUAUAGCACAGUCAUGAUUAAAGUAGAGAACAGUUCCAAAAGUCUGUGUCCUCCCCACCCUUUUUUCCCUUCAUCAUUAUAUUCAAUGACAUCGUGCAAAUGUGAGCGUUGAUGUUGUUUCGACUCUUGAGUGAGCAAAUUGAAGACAGAAGAGUGUCUGUAAGUAGCACCCUGCAUAGUUGUAGGUGUUGCUUAUUUGUUUUAAUCAUUCCUAUCUCUCAGCACUUUGCUGCUGUUCAUAAUAAUAACUUCUAGUAAUGGUGCUUGGCCAGAAUUGCCAGUCCUACCUUUCAAACAGCUCUGUUGUCUUUGUAUAUUCCUAUAUUUUGGUGCAGACUCUUGGGUUAUCCAACUAAGCAUCUUGGUAUGUGACCAAUGUGCAAACUAUUGUUUGCUGAGCUGAGAUAGUCUUGUUCUGAUCCCUUUUAAUGCUGCCUCCUUUUAAGUCUUUAGGAGUUCAAAAAUGAAAGUAAUUUCAUAAAAAAAUAAUUCUGUAAUCAGCUCAGUAGGUCCCUAUGAGAAAAGAACAUAAAGCUGCAUUUUUCCCAGUACUUCCCAACAGUUUUGUUGAAUGGACUUCCUGACAUCCUGCAUUGUGUGGUUAAACACAAGAGAACAAACUAUCCACGGCUGAUCUGUGUCCCCAGAUCUGCUUACUGUUCUGCUAAUUGAGAUUGGAUGGGUCAUAAUUUCAGGCUAAUAGAAAAUUCAGUGUGAGGAGAUGUUUUACUAUAUGUAUUUAUUGUUUUCUAAUGAUAGGAAUACUUUAAACCUGGAGAAAACUGUGGGACAUUUUCAAUAACAUCAAUUCCAACCUAUUUAACUUCAGCUUUUCAGAGCGAGGACUGUUCUCUUUUCUUUUUUCU